CAAACAUAGGUUGUGCUUCUUAUACCAUGUCCAUCACUGCUGUUGCUGGUUCUGGUUGGACUGUUUAAUCGCUGUACUUCUGAAAAGUAACUACAGUUACAUGUAGUUGAGUAAAAGUACAACAUUCAGUGUCAAGGAGCCGUCCCUCAGACAAACCACUGGAGCAAAUGUUACUGAUUUGUCCAAGCAGAUAAAAGGAAACAAAUCCUGCAUCAGUGCAGCUGUGGCUGUAGGCUGACGAGCAGGAUUCUAGAAUCACCAGCGAACCAGACUUCUGCUCGGUGAUGCCGUCACCACCUCCAAUUGCAAACACCCCAUGAACCUGCUCUGGUGCUCAAGUUUGUUUUCAGCUUGUGACUGCUGAGCUCAAAAACAUACAAAGCUGUUGUUACAUCAGAACGCGGUCACAGCUCCAGGUUCAGUUUGCAGGGCUUCGAUCCAAACACAGCAGCAGAGUGAGAAAUUCAGUGAUUGUGCAACCACAGGAAUCCACAGAGUUGGUGAGAGACGUGUUUCAUUAAUCCAGCAACAGGACGAGAACAUGGAGGACGGAGACAACUACAGCAGCCUGCAGGAGUUCAGCGAGGAGCCAGCAACAGGAGGGAACAGGCUCAUCGUUCAACACGCAGAUGGACUGAAGCGGUGCCUCCAGUGUCGGAGUCUGGCCGCUCGGCUCAUGGCGGUUGGCCUGCUGCUCUCGCUCUGCACCAACGUGGUUCUCAUUGUGCUCUGGGUGGACGCUCUGCAGCGAGUUGCUUCUUCGGACUCUUCCCUGCGUCUGAAAGUGAACUUGGUGCAGAAACGCUACGUCCAGCUGUGCGAGGACUACGCCGCUCUGGGCCAGAGCUGCUCUAGGACUGCAGUUCAGCCGUGUGCAGAGUGUCCUGCAGGAUGGAGGCAGCUCUCUGAUCAGUGUUACUACUUCAGCAGCGACAAGCUGGACUGGCUGAGGAGCAAAGCCAGCUGCGAGGAGAUGGGCGGCCACCUGACCAUCCUGCACAGCAUGGAGCAACAUGAUGCUGUGGAAGAAGAAGCCAAGAGGAUUGGUGGGUUCGAUUUUCACUACUGGAUCGGGCUGUCUGACACAGGGAAGGAGGGAGACUGGAGAUGGGUGGACAACACAAUCCUGCAGCACAAGUACUGGGACGAGCACAGCUCAGAACCUGAUGAUCACCAGUCAGGAGGGGAACACGGAGAGGACUGCGCCACCUUAAACAGCCAGUCAAAGACGUGGUUCGAUGUUCCGUGUGAUUUCCUCUACAAACGGAUCUGCCAGAUGGGUGCGGUUCAGCUCCACUGAGUCACAGGAGUCUCCAUACGCUUUCAUCGAAUGCAAAUAAAAUGUUUUUGUGAUGGGGUCGUUGUUUGGGUAUCUUAAGUCCCCCCCCCCCUCUCCCGGAAAGUCCCGGAUGUGAGCAGCGUAUGUACGUCGCCUUCUUCAGCUCCAACGGAGUCCGUUAGCGGGAUGAAAGCUGAAGCAAGCGGACACUAAUGACCUCAGCGAACGGGAGAAGAUGGAGAAACGCCUCCACCUGCGGCACCUGGGUUUCUGUCCGGACAGGACGCUCAGAGCUGGAGCUUUACCUUCGGACGUUGGAAUGGUCAUUAUUGGUGAGGAGCAUCACCAGCUGUGGCGUUCCUGUUUGGACCAGGAGGACUAAGAGCCGUGCCACAUAAAAAGGGAACCUGAGGAAUCACGGAGCAGUCAAGAGGGAGAGCAGUUCCAAGCACUAGAAGAGACUGGUGUCACCAGGUUCUCCUUUAGUCUGGUCCCUGUGAAAUGUGAGGAUGAGAAAAUCCAGCCCUCAAAACUUUGUCACAGUCCAACUGAGGAAAGCAAGCACUCAAACAGAGGAUCAGAAUCCCACACAGGUCUAGAGCCAGGCACUGAUGACAGGGCUUUAGACCCUUCAGACACUAAAGUCAGCCACAAGGACUGGGCGGAUACCACAGAGCCUCAAUUAGGUUUGGGUUCGUUGAAAACAAGUAAAUCCUUUGUGGAUUUUAACAUGAAUACAUUUGAGAGAUUGUUCAGCUGCUCUGAGUGUGGUCAGAGAUUUGGCCGUAAGCCGCACCUCAAGGCACACGAGAAUCCACACGGGAGAAACCAUUUAGCUGCUUGAUCUGUGGGAAAAGAUUUUCCCAAAAAGGAAACUUCAUCAGUCACAUGAGCCCUAUCUGCAAAAAGCACUUUAGAUACAGUGGAGAUUUCAGCAGACACAUGAGGAUCCACACAGGAAUGAAGAAAACCAGUAGCAAGGAUAGUCACAUUUUGAGCAGUCGCACCGGGCCAGAACCAGCCAGAUACUUGGAUCCAGACAAACCUCUGAUGUUAGCUGCUGAAGAGAUUCCUACAGGACUGGAGACUGAAGUCAACGGCGAAACUAGUGAACCACUGCCAGACCAUUCACAGAACAACACUAACAAAGAGUCAUUCAGCUGCUCUCAGUGUGGGAAAACAUUCUGCCGUAAGGACCAUUUGAGGAACCACAUCAGAACACAUACAGGAGAGAAACCUUUUAGCUGUUCAAUUUGUCAGAAAUGUUUCAGCUGCAGUGGGAACAUUCUAGCUCACAUGAGAAUCCACACGGGGGAGAAACCCUUUGAGUGCUCAUUCUGUGGAAAAGGUUUCAGCCAGAAGGGAACUUUACAGCUGCACAUGCGUAUACACACUGGAGAGAAACCUUUCAGUUGCCCUUCCUGUGACAAAAGCUUUGCACAUAAACGUCGUAUGACUCUGCACAUGUCGGUCCACACAGAGGAGAAGAGGUUCGUCUGCUGUCUGUGGAAGAAGGUUCACUUGGUACACACAGCUGAAAACUCACACGUGUGUCAGCCAAACAUCUCAGCUUCAAAUCCUGACCGGGAAAAAGGUUCUAGCCAGAGAAUCAUUCAGUUGUUUAGAGUGUGGGAAGAGGUUUAGCUUAAAGGGAAACCUAAGACCCACAUGAGGAUCCACACAUGAGAGAAACCAUGUAGCUGCUCAGUGUGCGGGAAGAGCUUCAAACAGAACGUGCACCUCACAGAGCACAAGACCAUUCACACGGGUCAAAAACUGUAUACGUGCAGCAUUUGUGGGAAAGGGUUUAAUAAAAAGUUAUUGGUGCAAAAUCACGUGUGUUUAACCUGGAAACAAAGUCAAUUAGAGCCUGAAUAGUAAACAAUCAGCUGUGUUUCCGAUGUAGAAGAAAACUCACAUGAAGGUAGCAAUUUCCACCUUAAACCAAAAACAUGAAUGAAGCGAACAUUUUGGGUUAGAGAUGGCGAAAUCGAAGCCUCAUGAAUCACUGAGCAACUAUGACACAGUUGGGUUGGAAUCGACACAUUGUUCGACGCCGUUUGACACAGUCAGAACGACGACAUCUGCUGGUUGUGUGUGAGACCUGCAUCAGAGCAGACUGACCAUCAAACCCUCGCUGAUACGUGGUUGUUCAGGAUCACGGUCCAUGUUUUAUUUGAAAUAAAAGUUAUUUAAUCAAA